CCAGAUGUGCUCAGGAUGCUCUGAUGUUUCUUACAGAAUUGAACAGGAGUCAACCAGAAAAAUAUGCAGUGCUGAUGUACGAUGCAUUGGGGAAGAUGGGAAGCGAUGUAGACGGUGGGAAUGUGAACAGAGUCGGCUCUCUGCAGGAGUGUUUGUCUGUAAAAGGCCCUGGAUUUGGAGGACAUUACUGCCAGGUGUUCCUCAAACAGGGGGUUCUGGAGUAUUUUGUAGGUGUUUGUGUGCCUGAUUCCUGCAACGAAGCAGACGUCAGCACUCUUAUAGUCUAUGAUUAUCUACAGGGUCGUACCCCCAUCAUUCCUCCUGUACCGAAUCUGCUUGAUUCAGAAAACACACUGAGACCUUUUAUGACUCGGUGUAUCAGAAAUAACAUGACACCUGAUUUGUCUGCCAUAAUGUGUCUUAUAGAUUAUCUCUGGAUCUCAUGUGUCUGUCCCUCAGGUCGUCUGAUGUUGUGUCUGCGUUCUCUUUCCAUCCGCUCCACUGGUGUGUGUUCCGGUGAAGGUGUGUGUUCCAGAAGCAGUUAUCUGUCUCUUAAUGGUAUCCGUAUUCUCAGCCUCUUCUGGAUUAUCUGUGGACACACGGUGCAGCUCAGCUCCUGGGGCGGCCUCGAUAACAGGAAGAGAUGGAGAGCGUCGAUGGAGAGAGAUCCUCUGUACGUGGUGUCCUUCAGUGGACCGGUUUAUCUCGCUGUCGAUACUUUUUUAUUACUCGGUGGACUCCUGAGUGCAAAAUCUUUCCUCAGCUGCAUCCAGAAAUCAGACGAUAAGAUGAGCCUCCGACUGAUCGCUCACUUCCUGUUUAGGAGGUUCAAGAGAAUCCAGCCGUUGCACCUCUUCAUCGUGUGUGCGAUCGUUGCUCUAUUCUCAUUUCUUCCCAAAAGUCCAUUCUGGUUCAUGGCUGAAGAUCAAACGCUGAACUGUAAAGAGUUCUGGUGGUCCAACCUUCUGCUCAUCAACAACCUGAUCACCAUCACACACACGUGUGCACCAUGGACCUGGUACCUCUCAGUCGAUUUCCAGUUCUACAUGAUGACUCCAUUCCUAAUUUUUCUCCACAGACUGAAUAAGCACGUGUUUGUGGGCGUGGCCUUCGCUCUGUUGGCGAUGUCGUGCGUUUCCAGUUCUCUAAUCACCGCGUUUCUGCACUUACCUGUUCACCAACCCACAACUCUUGAAUCUGAAACCUACUUUGAAUAUUAUUACAACAAGCCGUACACCAGACUGGGCCCGUACCUGCUCGGCAUCCUCGCUGGGAUUUACAUAGUGACCAAGAAAGAAGAUCUCAUAAAGCACCGGUGGCAGGCGGCUGCUGGUUGGCUCGUCUCGCUGUCCAUCAUGGCCCUGAUUGUGGCGUUUGCUUACAUGCUGAGGGGUCAGGGGUCACCAGGUCAUGCUGUCUAUCAGGGGCUCCAUCGCUCAUUGUGGGCUCUGGCUGUGUCCUGGAUCAUCAUCGCCUGUGAGGAGGGAUACGGAGGCUUCGUGAAGAAGUUCUUGUCCAUGAGUGUGUGGGUUCCUCUGUCCAAUAUCAGCUUUGCCUGCUACCUCGUCCACCCUCUGCUCAUCUUACUGUACAACUUCAAUCAGCAAACUUUAAUCCACUACACAGACCUCAACUUCUUCUAUCUGUUCCUCGCUCACUCGUUCCUCACUGUGGUUUUUGGGUGGGUUCUCAGCAUGUUGAUUGAGAAGCCGUAUCAGCUCCUGAGCUCAACAUAAACACACCAAACCCAAACAUCGCACAACUGCAUUAAUGUCAGAGAGCUGAAUUCUGUACAGUGUAGAGAUGUGCACAUUUUAAUUAUAUAUAUAUAUAUAUAUAUAUGUGUGUGUGUGUGUGUGUGUGUAAUAGAGAAUGUUGUUGUGUUAUGGAGAAUGUUGUUGGUGUGUGUGUGUGUGUGUGUGUGU